CACGCGACCACUUCUUACUGAAGAUAUCACGAUAUCACACACCAACCCACUCACGAAGUAGCUUACCUGCGUUUUGGAUCGUAGAGAAAGGACAGAAAUCUUAUCCUCAGAGUCACGAUAUCAGAUUCGCUUGCGCGUCCCCCCACUCCGCAUCGAAUCGCAGGACCUCGUCAGCGCACGUCCGCUCACCGCGAUCUUGCCUGAGCGCAUGAUACACCGACUUGAUUGACGUCUAUACCCACGCCAGUCUGCAAGAUGGGUCGUGAAAGGGAUGCCGACGUUCCGCAGCCCGGACCCGCCACUCUUACAUCUCAUGCCGGUCCAGACGAAUGGCUUGCGCAGGCCAAACUGUGCCAUUAUCUGCCGGAGUCGGAUAUGAAACGGUUGUGCGAGAUGGUCAAGGAAUGCUUGAUGGAGGAGUCCAACAUACAGCCUGUGCAGGCGCCGGUGACAGUCUGCGGUGAUAUCCAUGGACAGUUCUAUGAUCUACUCGAACUGUUCCAUGUCGCUGGAGGCAUGCCCGGCGAGGUCGACGAGAAAGCCGCAAUCGCCGCGGCUAGCGAGCGAAACAAAGCCGCCUCUCGUAUCAGUACCAGUUCAAGUAAAUCCAUCAGUGCGGCGGAUAUCGAGCCUCCGACCCAGAUCUCUGACCCAAAGGUUAAACGGAAGAUGAAGCGGAGGUUUCAAGCGGACAGUGCGUACACAUCAGCGGCGUCCAACGACGGCUCAGAGCCGGGCGCAGAGGACGAGGACCACCCAAGAGGACGAGUGCGGAGUCGAGAUGGCGGUCAAGGGAGUGCUCGAGAAGAUGCAGAGGACGAGGAAGAGGAGAGCCCGGAUAGUGGCGUCGGUGUCAGCAGCCCGGCACCAAGCCGAAGCAAAAGUCAGAGAGGCGCAAAGACUGAUCUGGCCAAUGGACACCAGAAUUUCAUCUUUUUGGGCGAUUUCGUCGACCGAGGCUAUUUCUCGUUGGAAUCAUUUACGCUACUGAUGUGUCUCAAAGCAAAAUAUCCCGACAAGGUAACCUUAGUGCGAGGCAACCACGAGUCUCGACAAAUUACACAGGUCUACGGAUUUUACGAAGAAUGCCAACAGAAAUAUGGCAACGCGAGUGUAUGGAAGUCCUGCUGUCAGGUAUUCGACUUUCUAGCUCUGGCUGCCAUUAUUGACGGCAAGGUCCUUUGUGUCCACGGCGGUCUGUCGCCCGAGAUCAGAACAUUGGAUCAGAUUCGUGUCGUGGCGAGAGCGCAGGAGAUUCCUCACGAGGGUGCGUUCUGUGACCUGGUCUGGAGUGACCCUGACGAGGUCGAGACCUGGGCAGUUUCUCCUCGAGGAGCUGGUUGGCUGUUUGGAGACAAAGUAUCCGGCGAGUUCAACCACGUCAACAACAUUCAACUCAUCGCCCGAGCACAUCAAUUGGUCAACGAAGGCUACAAAUACCACUUCGCCUCGCAGGACGUUGUGACCGUCUGGUCGGCGCCGAACUACUGCUAUCGCUGUGGUAAUGUGGCGAGCAUCAUGACGCUCGGCGAGGAUCUCAACCCGGACUUUAAGAUAUUCAGCGCGGUUCCGGAUCAUCGACGAGCAGUACCUGCAGGUCGUCAAGGUCGCGGCGAGUACUUCUUGUGAGCAGACCAUGUAUGGGGUGUACGCAUGUUCGUGGAAAUCCCAAACUCCGACACAUGUGCGCGUGCCUGGACGGACACGUCCGCCACGGUUGUGCAAGACGUCGUUCCAUACGAGGAUGUGACGAAUGACAACAACCUCGUUGAUGGAAACGACCACGGGAAACACUGGGCGUUGGGAGUUUUUCUAGGAUUUAUGACAACGGGCUCGAAUGGACUGGGCGGGACUACAAUUCUCGGACACGAUAGCCAUGACUUCCUUUUGAGGCGGGAAUGGAUGUAUUAUAAUGAUGUGUGGCGCUGAAACGAAUCAUCUUGAUGCCGAUAUUUCUCUUGACUGAGCUGCAAAAUUGGUCAUGAUACUGUA